UCGGUUUCUGUUUUCAAGUGUCGAAACAUUUUUCUCGCAAAUUUGCUACAUCUUUGCCGUCUUUGAAUUGUAUAAAACAUUAAUUGGUACUAGCUGAAGGUAAAGGAUUACUUAUACUUAUGAUUCAACAAAUGGGACGGUGUCAGGGAAGGAACGAGGGAUAAAUUUUCGCCGAUGUAGUUUACCCAUGAUCACUAGACGCCGCCGAACACGAUCGAGCGGUGAAGACAACGAUAAAACUCGAGUGGAAUUUUUAAGCGAAAGCAACUUUAGUUCAACAGCUGUGGAUAUGACAACAUGUAGAGACAGAACAUCGGAGUUUAUCUCCGCCGUAAAAUCACUUCAAUCAAGACAGGGAAAUAAUUUUGCUGGUAACAGGCAUGACCACCAGCGCCAAAAUGGACUCCAGAAGAGUGAAUUCUUUUUCAUUGCUAAGCACAUUGGAAAGGAUAUCAGCAAUACUUUUGCUAAACUGGAAAAGCUUGCCAUCUGUAAGUUAAAAGAAAAACCUUUGCCAUUACUAGAAUUUUACAGUCCUGUACAUUGCCAAAGACAUCAGCCUUUGCUGGUGAGGUCUAAGGCUAGUACACAGGGGAGGCAUCUGCAGACCCACUCAAGUACAGUAGUACUAUCAUUGCAGUCAAAACUAGCCAGGAUGUCAAAGGACUUCAAAGGUGUCCUGGAAGUAAGAACUGAGGUAAAGAGCAUGAAUUUCUGUUGUUUGUUUAUUACAAAGAGUUGCGAUGCGGAGCUCUCUCAUAAACGAAUUAUGAGGCUCAGUUUUUUUUUUUCCCUAAUUUUCUGGCAGGAUGAGUACAUAAAAAGUCGGGCGAACGCAAUGGAGAACAUCGAAUCAACGAUUGUCGAACUUGGAAGCAUAUUUCAAGACCUUGCUCACAUGGUUAAAGAACAGGAGGAGCAGAUUGAAAGGAUUGAUGCUAAUGUUGAAGCAACAGAGCUAAAUGUUGAAGCGGCUCAUGGUGAACUGUUGAAGUAUUUUCAGUCAGUCACCUCCAACAGGUGGUUAAUCAUCAAAAUAUUCUGCGUUCUCAUUAUCUUCUUCGUCGUUUUCGUUGUCUUCAUGGCUUGAAUCUUCCCCGAACUUGGGCCCUACAACUCACCCAUUUCUUUCUAUCACAUGUAUGUUACGGAGAUGAUUAUCAUUACGCUUGGAAAUAAUUUUUCGUUAAAUUUGGUAUAUAUGAUGUCGACAAAUGGAAACUCCGAAAUGCGAAGGGUGGAAACCUUUGGCUUACCAUGGCAACUGGGCUAAAAGUGGAUUGCAACUAUUAAACUUAGUCGAAGGAGUUUUCAAAAAGCGAUCGAAGAAAUUCGUUGUGUGACUAUAUGAUAUUAUUACGGCACAGAUCAGGAGGAAAUGAACAGUCAUGUCGACAGAAGAUAUAAAUGGGUAUGACAUAAUUUUAAGAGUUGGCGAGGGAAACGUUUAGUUAAAAAAUCGUAGCCAAAUUAGUUGUAAUGCCCUACAAUAAUUGUUACUGCCUUUGGCAGCAUAAUGCACAUUUGCGUUUGAGCAGCCAAUUUUAACCCUUCCCCCCCGCCCCCCUCCUCCUAGGUUCGACUUCAAGGAGUGAGUUAGUGAUUUUUUAUUGUGAAAGAUCUCCAAAUCUCUGAGAUCAGUUGAAUCCUCUAGAGAAAACUAACAGAGAGUGGCAAAUGUUCGAGAAAAUUUUCAUUAAUUGACGUUUUCAUGCACAAGUAUUAUCCUUGGAAAUUUUUCCGUCAUCGAUGAUCGAAUUCUACUGACAAGAGCGGUCCUCCCCUUUCUAUAGCUGCAUACUUUGACUAUUUAUCGCAACACUCUCCAAGAGGGAAGACAAAGAAGAGGAAGGAAAGAAAGAAAAACGGAAAAGAUUUUCUAGAAAAAUUUCUCUUGACUUUUCAUUCUUGAUUGAUCUUUUCGUGAAUUUCUUUUCGGGAUAUUUGUAAGUUAUUAACCAGUCCAGGGUAACCCUUUCACGUCCAAGAUCCGAUUAGUAGUUAACUGACUGCCAUCUGUUUCCGUUAAAUCAAGAUUUAAAUCAAGAAUACACUCUUUUGGUGAUAUAUUAGUCUUACGUAUUCUGAUUGCCUGUGCUAGAUAGUUUGAAAAUUUCGAUGAGAAUUUACGCAUCAAUCACCUCUGGAAGUGAAAGGGUUAGGUAUGAAGGUCCUUUCCUUUCGAUGUUUACGGCGUUAAGGCACGAAGUGGGCAGAAGUAUUGUUCAGUUCCCAAGCGGUAGCUGAACUGCGUGGCGUUGCAAUAUUCUUAAAGCUUGUUUUCACUUUUGACGGAGUCAGAGUCGUAAUCCGCAGAUGUGCUGAACGUUACGAUCAAGUGAAAAUCAAACCGACGGAAUCGGAAGAAAAAUAUCGAUACCGUUCACGACUCAGUCGCUUACGAUGCAAUGAAAACUAUAGUGUCGGAGUCGCAAGCAGAAGACUGUACUGGAAAGGGUUGAGAACUGGCAAUGUGAUUGGCAAAUCUUUCCACUUCUGCUUGCGACUCUGAUCUAGUUUUCUCUGGAUCAGGAGCAUCGUAGUCAUAAGCGGAAUCGGAAAAAAUGAAACCUUUCUGAUUCUUCCUACUCCAAUUCCGUCGAGCUUUUGACACCGCUUACGACUCCGAUUUUCAGUUUUCACUAGGUCGGAGGUGUCCUUACUACUGCGACUUCGAUUUUUUCGCUAGUGAAAACCAAUUUUAACAAAAAGAGUUUACGCAUGCAGUGAUGAUGUAAAGUUGCAUUAGUUGUUAUUGGACUAUCUGCAGAGUACAUAAAAAGAUGUUCAACACUGUUUCUGGCCACAUAUUUCAUAGGUUUUCAUUAAUUGUAUGAGGUGAAAUCUAGUAGGAGAAUUGUUCAGCUCUUGCAUGAGAAAUUCGAACUUAAGCAACUGAUAAAGGACUCGAAAGUAGAAAGGAAUUUACUUAAAUGAUUAUAAGUUUCGCAUUAUUCUGUCAUAUUGGUUUUACGUGCUGUUUCAUUUUACUGAAAAUGAGAAAUCAUUUAGCAAAGAUGUCAAAUGGACAAUUUACGUUAUUAUGAGAAUAUUGUAACUGUUAUCAUUCUACCAUGACAUACUGAGCAUCGAGAAAGAUGCGGGCGAUAGAGAAAGAAAUAUUUACAUGUUGGUUUGUAUGUGAAAUAGAUAUUCCAGGGAGGAGGGAGUUGGGUGGGAAGUAUCAAGUCAUGAGUGUGGCGCGAAGUUUAUAUUUUUCUCCCUGUAGAAUAAACCAGGUCUGUAAUUUCGAUUUCAUCAGACUUAGAA